CUGGACAAGGAACCAGCAGAGAACCUGGCAGAGAGCGGAUCCACGCCACUCAACGGGGCCGCGACCAGCGGCGAGCAGCGGCGCCGCGCCCCCGGGACCAGGGUCAGGACAGCGUGCCCCCAGGACCAGGGUCAGCACCACAGUGGUUCAGGAUGGUGGUCUCUCUGCGUCAGGAAAAAGCACCUGGUCCUGGGGGACUCAAAUCUGGGGCGGACUGCACCAUUUCAGAGAAUGGAUGCUGUUGUGGCAUCAUCAAUCUUUCACCGUGGGCCAUAUCGGGCUGUUCUUAAAAUGGCGCGACCAGAGGCCUCCAUUUGCAUUUGCCCUGUAAAUGUGGGAGGUCACUGGCUUUUAGUGGUGGUCAGGUCAGACCACAGAAAUAUUGUGGUGAUAGACCCCAAGGGCCGGGAAAACGCUUAUGAAAGAAGACUUCUCCGAAACUGGAGAAACUUUCUGAAAGCAAAAAAGGCCAGCCAGAGGAAAUGGAGAGAGGGAAGUUUGAGGUCAGUAGGCACUGGCCAUGAUGAACUGCUGGAGGCCAGACUAGCCAUAGUGACCACCCUGUUGCCACACAAAGGUGGAAGACUACUGCGUCUCCUGCUACUGCCGCACCUUUACUUCCAUUGUCUGUCAGGGUGCUGA